UCGUCACAUAGGCUUGUCACCGCUGCACCAUAACAUUCUCCUUAUUAUGAUGGUAUGAAUGAAUGUAAAAGAACUAGAAAUGUUUCGCGGAGCGACUUUGUGAAUUAAGAUAGGGCGACGGCUGAUCUGUUGAUUAAUGUAUUUUUGAAAAUUGUAGAAGCUGACAUUGGAUUGUUUUAGUUUUAUACACUUUAGGAAACUGUUACUUUAGUUUGACAAAAGAAGAUCCGCUGUGUUUAUAAAAGAGAAAUUUUGAUUAUUUCUUAGGAGGCCGGUUUGUACACCUGGGAUGCCGAUGGAAGUGAAUAAACUGUCUCCGGCACAACUAAAACAAUUAAUUGACUCGCAGGUAUCUUCAAAGCUACUUCUGCUGGAUUUUCGGUCAUUUUUAUUGUACAAUAAUGACAGAAUCAAAGGCGCAGUGAACGCGUUUUGUCCGUCCAUUCUGAAACGCCGCUUUGCUGCUACAGGAUGUUUACGUCUAGAAUCUGUUCUAACACCGGAGAUCAGAAAAAAACUUCGCAACGGUGACUAUACAAAACUUGUGUUGUAUGACAAUGAUGAUACCGUCCGGGAAAGCUCCGAUCUUGCAGUUGUGAUCCAAGGCUUGAAACAUGACAGAUACAGUUUUAACACAGUUUCCGUUCUCAAAGGUGGUUUCCAUACAUUUCGUUUGAAAUACCCUCUACACUGCAUUGGUCACAAAGGACCACGUGAUACUUCAACAUGUGCCAUAUCAAAGUUAUCGCCAGUAAAGUCUUCUCGCAAAUUAUCUGCGAAUGAAUUUAAGCAUGCUCCCACACAACUUAUGCCUCACUUAUACAUCGGGAACGAACGAAAUUCGCUGGAUACAGACCUCCUCCAGCAGCUCGGUAUCACCGCCAUCUUGAAUGUUUCAACAAUGUGUUCCAGUCACGUGAAAACUGGAUUCGAAUAUAAAUGUAUUCCUGUCCGAGACAACGAAUCUGAAAAUAUAUCAUGUUGGUUCAACGAAGCAUUACACUUUAUAGAGACAAUUCGUAAGCAAGAAGGCAUUGUCCUUGUUCACUGCAGAGCUGGAAUCAGCCGGUCAGCAACGAUAUGCAUCGCCUACCUAAUGACCUAUCAGUCCUUUACCUUAGACCAAGCGUUUGAGUUUGUGCGUGCACGAAGAGAGAUCAUCUCCCCAAAUAUGAAUUUCAUGCAACAACUUUAUGAAUUUGAGCGCAUGCUCCUUGUUAAGCGCAUGAGCGCUAUUGUAUAUCCUGCCGUCCAUGAGAUUAAGUCGCCAUUAUCAUGUUCACAAACUACAGAGCGUUCACCGGUUGUGGUUUCCAGUCACUUCAAUUUCAACGUAUGUGCACAAAUCUGAUAUCACCGUAUGUAGCAUGGUGUCACCGUAUGUAGCAUGGUGGGAGUGUUUCACAGAUUCAUUAAAUAGACAUACAUGGGUAGCUGCAUUUUCUGAAUGUAGACUUUACUGUUUGUCUUUGUAUUCAGUGAUUAUAUAGGUACAAUGUAAAAUUGUUGUGUAGGAAAAAGAAGAAAAUUACAUAUGUAUUUUGUACAUCGAGUGGAAAAUUAUUUCAAAAACAAAAUAUUCAUGUAAGAGAACUUAACAGCCUUUUCUUUCGAUUUUGAACAUCAUUUUAUCUAUGGCACACGCGAAGCUUGCUAGUGUAAGACAGUUGUAUUGGACAUAUACAAAGCAGUUGGUUAAAUACUUCUUGUUCGAGUUAAUUAAGUUUUGAAUAUAAGCAGUUUAUUUUUUGUAGUUCUUGCUGGAUUUAGCGUCACACAAAUACGUCGGAGUGGAGCGAGUGAUUGGAAGUCGGCGACCUUAACCAUUCGAUCACGGAAGACCCGUAGUAGGUUAAACGCAAUACAUGUGCACUUUUUUUAUUGAUCUCUUUCACACUCGAAGUUUUAUAAGCUGUAUGCGUGAAACAGAUUUUAUAGAAUUUUAAUUUUUAAGACGCGGGCGUGUACAAUAACGUGCCAAAAAGUAAGCACACGUCAGUAAUAAGCAUCUGUCAAAACAUUUUCGACAAAAGUCGAGUUUCUUGAAAAGAUAACAGCAUCAGAUUUAAUUGACAAUUUAUGAUAAAAAAUAAGCAUAUGAUGAGCGGUGAAAGCAGCGGACAUGAAUUGUUUCAAUGUUUAAUAGUACAUACAGAAUUAUGUGACUGUGUAGAGCAAUGCGGGAAUUACGGGUACUAUGGCCUAAUGUGUGUUGAACAGUAUAUUUAAAUUUUACUUUUGAAAAAAUGAAUACACAAUCUUAAUGGUAGUUUUUGCAUAUUUUUCAUUAAACUUCUCUAAAUUGCAUGAGAAGAGUUCAUUUGUACAUAGAUAAUAUGAGGAUACCAUGCACAUGCUUAUAAUACUUCCACCGCGGUAUGGCCUCAUGGUAUAUCAGAGUCAUUAUAGACAAUUAAAUUAUCUUGACUGCAGUUAUUAUACAGUUUGAAACAGUUAUCGGGCGUGCCAUGCUAUUAUACCAAAAUGUUAAUACAUGCUUCUUGAAAAUAUCUCAAAUGCAAUAACGAUAUUUUCGGCAAUUCAAGAAUUAAAUGAGCCGUGCCAUGA